AUGUCCCGCCUCGCUCAGGGCAAAUCGACGCCCAUGGUUCGCCGCGAUGGUCCACGUCCGACCAGCGAGACUCCAGACGGUGAGCUGCAAACACGGCAUCUUCCUGAACCGCUCGAAUUCACCACUGACAGACUCGACGCAGAGAUUUGCCCCGUGUGCAAGACUUCGCGGUAUAUGCGACCUACAAUGCGACUCCUCAUCAACCCGUCCUGCUACCACAAAAUGUGCGAAUCGUGCGUGGAUCGCAUCUUCUCCCACGGUCCUGCUCCCUGUCCAAGCAAGGGUUGCGACCAGACUCUCCGCAAGAAUCGCUUUCGGCAACAGACUUUUGAGGAUAUCAAGGUCGAGAGGGAAGUGGACAUCAGGAAGAGCGUGGCCCAGGUCUUCAACAGGCGGGAAGAGGAUUUCGAGACAUUGAAGGACUACAACGACUAUCUGAACGAGGUCGAGGACAUCACCUUCAACUUGAUCAAUGGCAUCGACGAGGAAGAGGCGAGAAAGAAGUUGAUUGAGCACAAGGAACUGUACGAAAACGAGAUCCGGGAGAAUGCGUCUCUGGCGCAGAAGCAGCAGUUUGAUUAUGUGAAGCUUCAGAAGGCCGAAAAGGAGCAGGCGAAACAGAGGCGAGAGGCUGCGAGACGAGAAGAAGCUGAGGAGCGCAGGGAGACGGAGGCGAGCAGGCGAGAUAUGCUAAGGAGGCUUGAGAAUGGACAGGAUCCCGAACAAGUCGCCAAAGAAAGACAACAGAUCCAGCUCAAGCGGCGUACGGAUCGGAGGGCUGCAGAACAGAGACAGGCGGACCCGCAAGCUGCGUCACAAAACAUACAAGGAGGCAGCGGAGACAUUGUCAUCAAAGGUCUUAAGACCAAAGCCAAGGCCGAGCCCGAGAAGCCUGUGGACCCCUUCGAUGGCCUGUCUUUUACAAGACAGUACUACGCAGUACAAGAUCUGUACGUCUGGAGUGGCAUUGCGCAGCCUAGGAAGGACAUCUUGGUCGGCGCUGGAGGGUACGACGUCACGACUUUCACCAAUCGCGCACUCUGUGAAGCUUUCUCUGGCCUGGGCGUGAUGAUCGCAGAUGAGGCAAUGCAGAGGGAGAGAAUGGCACAAGAGGGUACUGCGGUCACCACGAAAGACGCUUCCGAAGUAGCUGCGAAGGACGUUAAGAUGGAGGAUCCUUUCUGA